UGUCUUUCCGUUGCAUGCGUAGACUCGAAGAGGGAAAGCGAUGGCAGAGACGGGCAUGCCGACAACGAGGACCUCGAGUCUCUUUCCACCGGGCGUGCCUGCGCCACCGGAAGGGAGUCCCUCGUCAUUAUCGCUUUCUGCAGCCACCAGUGGACUGGACCGGAUCGCAGAAGAUCCCACCAUGACGCCGUCGUCAAGCGCAGGGCUCGUCCCCACUGCCAACAAGUCCCCUUUUCCCCGGCGACAGCGUCUCAUGCCACGAUCGCCCACGACGGGGCCUGAAUCAGUAGACGAGCUAAGUUCCAUCUCCGCCUCGCCUGCCGAGUCCGGCUCUGAAGACGAAGACGAUGACCUGGGCUCCGGAGCCGCGGCACCAAGAGGAGUGGGUCGAUCUAGGUCCAAGGCAAACAAGUCGAGUGUUGGAACCAAAAACAGCCGAAUGAGCAUGCUCGACUUCCUCUCGGGCGAGCCUCCCCGAGGCUGGAAUGGGGAAGAGCCUCGCUCUGAUCUGGAAAACGACAACAACCAGCGCACACCUCGGGCCGCUUCGACUGCCAGCUUUGGCCAAGCCUCGUCGGUGGGGCGCGAUCCUCACCUCUCCUCUCCGAUGCCACCUCGCCGGAAAGCCGGUCCGCCAGCUCCCAUCGACACCAAUGUCAUUGCUAACUUGACCAAUGGCAAGCGCACCUCGAUGUUCGUGCCUCGCGCAGCCGUGGCAGAGACGGGUCCGAUCUUGCCUUCGUCGACGCGCUCAGCUUCGGCCGGCUCAGGCCUCCACGCUCCUUCAGACAGCUCGACUGUCGUUCCAAGGUCCGCUGAUGCUGUGCGACCGACAUCAAUGCUUUUCUCACGAGAUGCUACGCCGCCAGCAGCAACAGCAGCGGCAGCUUCAGCAGCAGCAGUCGCAGCCUCAGACAGCCCCGGCGAAAUGACAGCCUUUGAGUUCCUCUACUCCAACCAGGAACCGGAAGAAGACGCAGGAACAAAGGAGCCCAGCAGCGUGGGUGCUGGCUUCUCAAAGGGCAAGGCGAGAGCCAGCAAUGAUGCAUCGAAUAAAGGAAAGCGCAGCAGCGUGGGAGAUCGGAGCAAGCGAGUCGAGGUUCGCGUCACACCGAGGACGGACAGCAUCACGAUGUUUGGGUCCACACAGACGAGCUCCAACUAUUCUCUCUCUGGCACUGUCGUUCUCAAGAUCAACCCGGCGCAGGCACAAGGCCAUGGCAAAGAAGAGCCAUUAUCGGAUGACGGCAAUCACGGUUUGCAGGAGCAAACUGCUGCAGCAACGCCAGCAUCUGCAACGGCCAGGAAGGCGGAUCCAAAGUCUGAUGCGCUUGCGAUGGAGCAAGACAUCGUUGAGAUGAUGACCGGAAGGCACAAGAGCGCAUCCAGUAAGCGCCCGGCAAGAUCAGGGGCUUCGUCACCCAUGCUGCCUCCAAUUGUUCGAGACCAGUCCGACUCAUGGGACCCAGAAGUGUUGCUGCGUGCACCCGAGGCUUCGCUUCGACGCACGUCUGUCUCAAUGGAACCCUCUCGUUCAGGACAAAGCUCCCGGCAGAGUCACCACACCGACCAUGAGGGUACAGCAGAUGACGCACUCAAGAUUACAUCGCUAAAGGUCACCUUUUCAGGAUUCGCACUCUACCUCGACAGUUCGGGUCGCUUCUCUGCCCUCCGACUGGCAAAAGUUACGCAGGAGCUACUCCCGGAAAGUGCGACGCUGCUUCUCUCUGCCUCCAGGGAUGGAGAGAGCUCCGAGGGUGGCGUCGACCCAGCAAAAGACGGCCUUCGCGAAGGCGUCGAAUACGAGAUCGAGUUCGAUCUGUCGGUGCCUGGCUGGCUUCCUGGUACUUUCCACUCUCGUUUCGGCAACACAUUCUACUGCCUCGAUGCCCAGGCGUGCUACAGCGACCAGCCCGCCGAUCAGGAGAUCCCAACGGUGACCGUCUCACGGUCCAAGUCGAUGCUUGCCCCUCGGGUGCCGGGGUUGUCGUCAUCAUCGGGCAGCGAAGCCGUCUCGCUGGCCGUUGAAGACGAAAGAUCACGUUCGAGCCAGAGAGGGCUGCAGCCGGGCACAGGCUCCGAUGGAGCCUCUUCAAGCACUAGGAGGAGGAGUAGCCGAUCAUCCCCCAGUAAGCGGUCAUCCACCACUCCAGCAGCAGCUGGAGACGCGUCUGCGGAGCAGUCGCGGAACAAGGGAAGCUGGCUGAGCAAGCGUGCAAAGCAGCUUCAGAUCAGGGCUCGUACGACUGUCACAGCACUUCCCUCUCCGUCCUCCGCAGCGACGCCGACGACAAUGAAAGACGCAUCGAUGCCGCCAGAGGUGCCUGCCCCUGACGGUCGAUCGAGCCACACUGAUGGGACUGACGGUCGUCGCAGCGCUCGCGCACUGGAGUGGGCUCGUCAGUGGAAACAAAGGCAGGAGCUCGUCCAGCGGGACCAACAAGGCGCAAGUAAGAUUUCAAGCAGCGACCCAUUGGCCAUUGUCAUUCGUCGCUGCAGAGAUGUGGUCCCCGUCCCCGUUGCGAGAAUGGCCGUCAUUGGACCCGAAGGCCUGCCUGACGCCGCCAUGCAAGACCCUCCCCCGAUGCCGGGCGUCUCACGCGUCAACAGCCACAGCUCGCGAUCGGUCGAUGAUCCCCUCCCGGCCGUGCCCAGCGAAGUACCAGCUGCUGCUGUGAUUGAUGACACGGCGCCGACCACACCAGGGACGUCUGCGGCCGAGGGAAGCGCCGAUGCCCAAAUAGAGCAAGGGCCCGCCGAGCCAUUGAGGCAUGUUGUCCCGGACCCUCUGCCUAGCGCUCUGGAUGUGUCGACGGAUCCCGACAAGCGGGCUGCACAGCUCGCUGCACCCCUUGCUACUUCUCUUGCUCCCCCUGCAGCACCUCAGAGAGGGUCGAGCAAUGCCGCCAACGGUACCCCGCACGUAUCGUCGCGCAGUGGGGGGAUCCGACAGGGCCGCGGUGCAGGAAGGUCGUCUGCGUCGGGAGGCGGUGCGUCAGAAGGCUCUGGCACUGUUCCAAUGCGCCACUUUCUCCAUCGCCCUGUCCUUCACCCACCAGCAGACUGUCCGGUAGAAAAUCCCGACGGCCAAGGUCUGCCAUUUUCUCUCACCCUCUCCAUCCCAUCACACGCACAGAUUGAUGGCCCCACGAGCGACAUGCUGACCUUUGGCGUCCAGAUCGAAGUGGGCAAAACGCAUGCCUGGAAUCAGGUCCGAGAGCAGGGCGGUCUCCGUCUCAGAGACAUGCAGCUCGUCUGCGUCCAGACGGAGCGACACACGUCGGCUCCCUCGAGAACCUUUUGCCACUCUUACCCGCUCCCGCCCAAUCCAAAGGUGGAGCCCAUCGAGCUGCCCAUGCUCGGCGACCCUUAUCGAGGUCUGCAGGGCCGCUCCUUUACGUCGGCAGACGUGAGGAUGCGAGCGGGCUACGACAUCAAUCUGGUCCGACACCACCUCGAGCUCGUCAAAGAGGGCCAAGCGCCCGACCCAGUCGAGAACAACGUCGAGCGCAUUCGGACGUGCGUCGUCGGCCCUCCUCCGUCUCAGGCCGACAAGAAACGAGCUGCAGAUGGUGCGAAGGGCUCCGAUGGCCAGGCAAACGGCAAGAGUAGCAGAAAGGGCAAGGAGAGGGAGAGAGCAAGCGAGCUGAAGGAAAGGGAACGCGAGCGAGAAAUGAAGAGGGACAAGGAGCGAGAAGCAAAGGAGCGGCAAAGGGAGGGGGAGAGAGAACAGAAGGAAAAGGAGAAGAGAGAGAAAAAGGAGAAGCGAAAGACAAUGCCGUCCUUGGCCUCGUCGUCUGCUUCUGGCCAUGGCCCCCCUCCUUCUUCGUCUGGACCGAAUCCUUCGUCUAUCCCUACUGUAUAUGGCACGACCGUCGACCAAGCUGUUGUGCCCUCCCUGCGUCACUCUUCCGCAGCUGCUUCGCCUACCAAUCUCGCGGCGCCAUCGUCGUCAACCACGUCUGGACGCGUGCCGUCGCCAGCUCCGGAGGAUGCACCUCGGCGGUCCGAGUCGGCCAUUGCUGGUCCGAGCAGCAGUCUCCCUACUGCAGACGCUUUGGGAGGAGAGGCGCCGGCCAGCCAGGACGGCCAUGGCAAGAAUAAAAAGCCCUCGCGCGGUAGACGGGCUUACGAAUCUGCCAUUCGGGGCCUCUCGAGCUUUGCUACGGCCGUCAUGGACAUUUCUCUGGUCGAUUACGAGGGCAUGGACGGAACUAUGGACGGUGGAGCUGGCGGUGCUGAUGGCUCCAACCAGGCUGCCAACAUGGACGGCGAUGGUGAUCCGCAGUUCAAAGGUCCUCGUGCCACCUACUCCUUUGCCGGACACGACAGCCACGGUGUCGACUUGACUCGAGGAAGGGUCCGAAUGACCGUCAAUCUUCCCCUUGUCACGCAUUCGGCAUCCAUUGCAAAGCGAGAUGGGACAGCGCAGCUGGCAGCGGACUUUGACAGUCCCUAUGCAAGGGUCCGUCACAAGCUCAAGGUCAAGCUCGGCUUUGGUUUCGGGAGCAGACCCCUCGGUGGAGAGGGCGAAUGGGGCCAAGCUCUCAUUCUCUGCGUCCCUGUUCGCUUCACCGAGGCAGCGCCUGUCGAAGUUCGCGAACAAUUUGCACCCCUUCCUAUCACCCAGGUCACUGCCAGCUCUGCCGCAGCAAGUGGGCCUCCUGUUGCCAUCGUGCCACCUCCGACAACCACUGCAGCGCCGGGAAGCGCAGAGAUUGUCACCUCGGCAGGUGGUGCAGCGAUGCCAAUUCUGCCAAGCUACAACCAGCUGUUCAGGGAGGAUGGCUCUCGACUAGCUGACGAAGGUGAAGAUCUGCCGCAGUACCCUGGGCCCAAAGGCCCUUCUGCUUUCUCGACAUCGGCCGCAACGCCUGCGUCGCCGGCUAGAAAUAGACUCGGCUUGCCAAAGAGGGGCUCUGUCACGGCACCAAGCCCGCGUCAGGAUCAGACCGGCACCUUCUCUCAUCAGACCAACACCGCUGGCGAAUCGUCAACUUCCGUCGCCCAAGGUACGACCAAUGGGGCAGAGGAUCAGCAGCCCUCCAGUGAUAGUGGAGAGACGGAGCUCUUGAUUGCGAACACCAUCUCGCCAAGCCGCGUGGUUGAUGAGGCCGUCAUGAUGCAUCAUGCGUCACAGGACGACCUCGACGCUGCGAGGCGAGAGCAAGCGCUCGAAUUGCGUGAGUUGAACGAGGAAAGCGCGUCAGGUGCCCGGAGGAUGCAAAGCAGCGAAGAUGAGGACGACGACGAAGAGGAAGAGGAAGACGACGACGAUGGGACUGAAGAGGAGAGCCGACGAGUGCAGCAGCCGUUGUCAGAGCCACAGUCGAGGUUCGACGAAGUGAUCGACCUCGAUACUGGUCGGAUACUCGUCAGAGACUUGGAUGACGACACUGAGGGUGACGAUGUGCGUAUCAGUUCUGAGCCUGCGUCUGGUCAGGGCUCUUCGACGGCAGCAGCUCCGAUCGAGUCUGGCGGUGACGAGGAGGUGUCGUCGAUCCGCGGAUCUUCGCCUCUUCCUGCCGUGCAUGCGAGCACGAGGGUGAUGAGGGGCUCACCAGACAUCGACAACUGGGCGAGCGCAAACGAGGACUGAUCGCAAACGUCACAGGGCACGAGGCACCUAAUCAUUCAUUCCUUGAUGCGCAGCAAUCUUCAUUCU